AUGACACUGAGCCAGGCGCUUUGUUCCGAUCGCAGCGAGAUGAACCCGUCGGACGACGAGGACGAGCAGCUCAACGCUUGUGUCAUCCAGCGCGACAUCCUCCACGCCUGCUGCCAGACCUUCAUCAAAUCGCCCGCCAGCUUAUCGGCGAGUACGGAGGAGAACCUGCGAGUGUCGGCCGCCAUCGAGCAAGGGGACCUGUCCACGCUGAGGAAGCUGCCGAGGCGCCCGGCGGCUUUCCGGGAGGCCGACGGCGGCGGCUGGCUGCCUCUCCACCGGGCCGCCUGCCAGCCCAGCCUGGAGGUGCUGCGGACCGCCCUGACACUGGCGGGUGAGCUGAACCUGGACGCCCGGACGGCAGAGGGCGGCGAGACGGCGCUCACCUUGGCCGUCAAAGCCGGCCACGCCCGCCACGUCCGCGCACUACUGGAGAGCGGCGCCCGGCCCGACGUGCUCAACGCCAAGAACGAGUCGCCGCUGCUGCUCGCCGUGCGCGCGUCGUCCUACGAGAUGGCGAGUGCGCUGGUGUCUCGCGGCGCUUGGGUGGAGCAAGUGUGCGGCGAGAAAAGGACGGCGGUGCACGAGGCGGCCCGGACGGGCCACGUGGACGUGCUCAUGCUGCUGCUCCGUAACGGAGGACGCGUCAACCACAGAGACAUCAACGGCGUCACACCGCUCGCCGCCGCCGCCGAGCGAGGCCACGUGGCCACCGUGGAGAUCCUGCUCAACUGCGGCAGCAAGGUCAACUCUCAGGCGUGCAACGGCGAAAGCGUUCUACAGGACGCGGCCGGCUCGGGCAACACGCCUUGCAUUCAGCUGCUGCUGGAGAACGGCGCCGACCCAAACCUGCACAGCGCCACCGGACAUCUGCCCAUACACAAGGCCGCCUACGUCGGACACUACGAGGCGGUGAAGCUGCUGCUGCAGGUGACCAGCAAGCGGCUCCUGAAGGAGGGGGGCCUGAGUCCGGUGCACUCGGCGGCCGAGGGCGGCCAGAGCCGCUGCCUGUCGCUGCUGCUGUCGCGGGGCUUCGACGUCAACUACCGCAUGAGCGGCCGCAACUCGCAGAACUACGGCGACAUGCGGCGGAGCGCCCUCUUUUUCGCCGUGUCCAACGGCGACCGGGAGUGUGCGCGGGUCCUGCUGGCGGCCGGCGCCAAGACCGACCUCGACCCGCUCAGCUGCCUGCUGGUGGCGGUGCGCUCGGGGCGCCACGGCCUGGUGCGCAUGCUGCUGGAGGCCAAGGCCGACGUCAACCGUCACUUUAGCGUGGUGAGCGACACGCUCUUCCCCACCGCGCUGCAGUACUGCCUGAAGGACCCGCCCAUGAUGAGGAUGCUGCUCAACGCCGGCUACAAGGCGGACAGCUGCUUCCGCUGUCACCACCACCAUGACGACGACGACGGGCACCGGCCUGAGGACGACAAGAAGAUACCCUUCUGCGACUUCAUGAGUCUGAGCUGUCUGACGCACUUGGCGGGCCCCGUGGUGCGCACCCUGCUGGACUACGUGGACCGCGUACGCAUCUGCUCCAAACUCACAAGCAUCCUGGAAAAGCAACCAGAGUGGACGCAGAUUUGUAGCCUACUCGGUAGCCCUCGCUCGCUGUCUCAUUUGUGCCGACUGCUGAUCAGGAGACGUUUGACCCUCAAGCGACUGAACAACGGCGAGAUUAUGAACUCGGACGUUUUCCCGCCUCGCCUACGAAGCUUCAUCUUGUACGGCGAACACGAACCCCUCCUGGGGGGAGAGCAAGCGUGAACAAUUUGGUCAAAAGAAAAAUCAGCUUGUGAAUUUGGACAAGCCUCCAUCAUCUUUAUUGUGCUCAACGUUUAACUUGCGUGGUCACGAGGGCAACUUUUAUAGCGACACGUCAGGCUGCGAUCGCAAAGGUCAGAUGGAAGCUCUGUGUGUGUGUCUG